CUUCCCAACCUCCUGCCAUGGGCAGGAGAGGAAGUACUCCACUGGAGGGUCCCAGGUGGGCCUUUGGGAGGAGUAAGGAUUCCUUUCUGUGACAUCACAAUGUCCAGCCCAGGCUCAACCCUGGCUACUGAGGAGAAAUUAUCUGCUGUAUUAAAGGUGGGAUGCUACCUGAUGGAGCUAGAAGGAAUCAGCCAGCCAUGACUCUGGUUCAGCUAAUUAACAAAAGAGACAUCUUGAGCUAAUGUGAAUGGGGAACAACUACAGGCAACAUCAAGGAUCAACAUUCUGCUUAGAGACAUUUUUGUCAAAUAAACACUUCUGUUGGACUUGACGUCUCCUUGGUUUAUCACAGCAAGUGCUUACUAGGGAUAAUCUAUUGGCUGAUAGAGUAGCAAAUCAAAAGUAACUCGACGCCAUUGAUUCACUUAAGCUCGUGUGGGAACAAUGGAAAGAGGCAGCCGUUUCCUUUGAAAGAGCAGAACAGUUUGAGAAAAUGGCAUGUAACAUACCUAACCAACGACAGCGGACAAUGUCAACAUCUGGAAAAGCUCUGUAUGAAAUUCUUGGUCUGCAUAAAGGAGCAUCAAAUGAAGAAAUUAAGAAGACCUACAGAAAAUUGGCCUUAAAACACCAUCCAGACAAGAAUCCAGAUGAUCCAGGGGCUGCUGAAAAGUUUAAGGAAAUCAACAACGCCCACACAAUUCUUACUGACACGUCAAAAAGAAACAUUUAUGACAAGUACGGAUCACUGGGACUCUAUGUGGCCGAGCAAUUUGGAGAUGAAAAUGUUAAUACCUACUUCAUGCUGUCAAGCUGGUGGGCAAAGACUCUGUUUGUCAUCAUUGGCCUCUUGACCGGCUGCUAUUUUUGCUGCUGUCUGUGCUGCUGUUGCAACUGCUGCUGUGGACGCUGCUGGACUAAGUCAUCGAUGCCAGAAGAGGACUUCUACGUGUCUCCAGAGGAUCUUGAGGAGCAGAUCAAGACAGACAUGGCAAAAGAUAUGGACUUCCCAGUUGUUCUCCAGCCCACAAAUGCAAAUGAGAAAACACAGCUAAUCAGAGAAGAACCUCGAAGUUAUUGUACAGACUCUUAAUAUUGAGCCCACUGAGGGUCCACAGUACCUCCUCUUGGUUCAGCCAUGUCUCCAGGUGGUCUUGUUGGGGGAGGGGAGGGGACAUGAAAUGCUGUGAACUUUUCAACAUUUGUAUUUUAUCUUUAGGUUAAGGAAAGAUGACUGCUACAUAAUUUUCUCAGUAUGCAGAUUCACUCUUUGAAUAGAAUUCCUAAUGGAAACACACAUUCCAUUUUGAUGAAUAAAGGCCUGAAGAGUU